AUGACAUCCCACCUCGAAGAUCGGGCCACCACCUCGGCCUCCGAUAUCCCUUUGAAAGAUCUUGAAUCUGCCUCCUCGGAAUCCGACUCGACGAUCACACCUCGCUGGAAUGGCUUCUCUCAAUUUCACCCCUCAAACAUCCUCGCGCAUCCAGAGGGACUGGCACCGAAGAUGUCGCAAGAAGACUGGCUGGCAUAUUCCGAAGGCACAUGGCACAGGUUGAUGAUUGCGCUCACGCCAAGUUUUCUACAAAACUUGGUGGGCAGUUCGCCACCUCAGCCUGCGAAGCUCCACGCCAUCGCGGCUCUAGACGGGCUGCGUGGCUGGGCCUGUCUGCUGGUCUUCAACUUCCACUUCCUUUUCACAUACACAUGGAAGGUCGCGAUAGGAUGGGGAUUUGGCGGGGAGAACUUUGGAAUUCACCAGUUGCCCUUCUUCCAUAUGCUGAUCUCUGGUCACAUUAUGGUGGCCAUCUUCUUCGUCCUCUCCGGCUACGUUCUGUCAUAUAAACCGCUGAAAACGAUUCGGAGCAGGUCCUUCGAUCAAACUUUCACCGUGCUCGCAUCAGGAACCUUCCGCCGAGCAUUUCGUCUAUAUAUCCCCGCAAUUACUGGAAUUCUUUGCGUCUUUGUGGCUGUUCGCCUUGGACUGUAUAAUUACUCCCAUGGCGUCAUCAGGGAGGGACACACAAUCCUCGGCACUAACGAGCAACAUCCACGUGUGUAUAAAUCCUUCUCAAAACAAACCGAUGACUUGUGGGUCACGUUGGCGACCUUGAUGAACCCAUUUGACUAUGCGCUCUACUACAACUAUUACAAUCCGCACCUGUGGACAAUUCCCCUCGAAUUACGCUCCUCGCUUAUCCUAUUCGUCGUCAUCAUGGGGACAUCACGAUUAGUGGCACCUGUGCGCAUGACAGUAGUUUCUGGCUUGACUUGGUUCUGCAUGCGUUAUGGUCGCUGGGAAAUCGUCUUAUUCCUCUUUGGCAUGCUGAUGGCCGAAGUGGAUCUUAUCAACGGAACCUGGGAGCCAUCCGCACGACCGGCGGUAGAAGACGACAAAACAACUAUUCGCCUCAGUCCCGGCAGCAAAACCACCAUCAGAGUCUCCCGCCGCGGGCUAUGGAUCUCACUCUUCGUAGUCGGUCUGUACUUUGGUUCUUGUCCCAAUAUCGGUUUCAAAUGGACGCCUUUCUACAGCUGGAUGUGGCACAUCACACCCAAGACCUACCCAGAGCCGCAUCGCUUCGCCCAGACUAUCGGAGCCGUCCUCAUCGUGUUCUCUAUCAACCACUCCCCUGACAUCCAGAAACUAUUCACAAAUUCCUUCUCCCAAUACCUAGGCAAGAUCUCCUUUGCAUUCUACGUCGUCCACGGCCCUGUCCUCCAUUGUCUGGGCUACUCCAUCAUGCCCAAUAUCUGGAAUCUCACCGGCAAAGAGACCAACUUCCAAUACUGUCUCGGUUUCCUCAUUGGCUGGCUGAUCUGCCUCCCCGUCUCUAUCUGGCUAGGCGAUGUGUUCUGGCGCGCCGUGGACAUCCCCAGCGUCAAGUUUGCUCGCUCCCUCGAAGAUCGUCUCAUUUCCAAGGGUCCGGCACCCGAUCGCUCAACCCUGGCUACCCGCGCAGAGUGA